UCUGGUUUCCCGGAUGUCACUGUGAUUGACUAAACCAGACGAAAAGAGAUCGAAAGCCUAGUGGCGGUGCUGCAGCCCCAGCGGUCGUCAGCAGGAUGCAGACCAUAAAGUGUGUGGUGGUGGGAGAUGGAGCCGUGGGCAAAACCUGUCUGCUCAUCUCCUAUACCACCAAUGCCUUUCCUGAAGAAUACAUUCCAACAGUGUUUGACAAUUACAGUGCACAGAUGAGCGUGGAUGGCCGCACAGUCAGCCUUAACUUGUGGGACACAGCCGGCCAGGAAGAGUAUGACCGCCUUCGCACGCUCUCCUACCCCCAGACCAACGUCUUCAUCAUCUGCUUUUCGAUCGGCAGUCCCUCUUCCCAUGCCAACGUUAGGCACAAAUGGCACCCUGAGGUGUCUCACCACUGCCCCAAUGUGCCAAUCCUGUUGGUGGGCACCAAGAGGGACCUCAGGGGCGACGCGGAAACGGUUAAAAAGCUGAAGGAGCAAAGCUUGGCGCCUACCACCCAGCAGCAAGGCAAUGCCCUUGCCAAGCAAAUCGGGGCGGUUAAAUAUAUGGAGUGUUCUGCUCUGCUGCAGGAAGGCGUGAGAGAGGUGUUUGCUGAAGCUGUGAGGGCCGUGUUGUAUCCAGUCACCAAAAAGAACGCCAAGAAGUGUGUCCUGUUGUAAUGCCCGUUUUUCACAUGUGGACUGGAGAGAGAUGAAUCCACAAACGGAAGUGAAGACUGAGGAACACCGGCCUUCGUCUUGCUGCCUCGAUGCCACCCGCAGCAGUUUGGACUUUGUUUCCCCUCAGUUCUUGUUCUCCUGUGAGGAUUUCUCAGCGAUGUCAUCACCACCAAAGUGACUCUGCCAAUAUCUGGGCACACAGACCGGAUCUUUGCUAUUUUUCUUCCAUUUUAACCUUUGAUAUUUACAUUUCUCAUAUUUUUACAAUGGUUCUAGAUUUAUAGCGUCUCUGCUUUGCCUAACUCUGAUCAUGGUUGUCACAAGCCAUAACACCGUCUAAAGCAAUUUACCCUGUUUGACUGGAGAGAAGAGGUCUACCUUUGUUUCAGGUGGAGAAAUAAUGACUACCUCACACUUCUCACCUGUGUUGCAUCUCACCACAAAUCUCAAAAAGACAAAUAGUCACCUGCUAUCAAAAUGACGUACACGACCAGGAAUAGGGUGAGCAAGUUCCCAGCAGAGCUUGAGUGUAGACCAGGUGUGGUGGCUUCCAGACAAAUGUCAGCUCUCUUAAACCUGAGUUUUGGCUUCACCGCUCCAGUCUCUGCUGUGUUCAGUCGGGCAUGUGAGAGUGGCCUGUCACCGCCAUGCAUCAUCCUCACUGUGUUAUUAAAGAGAGCUGGACCCAUCACCUGAGCCCUCUGAUGAUAGAGAGGUGUCACAGUCAUCCACAAGUUUAGUGCUCACUUAAGAGAUAGGGAGACACUUCAUGUUGUGUCAUUAACGGUUUCUAUUUCUCCUUGCCAAGUGCUGUUAUGGCCAAAGUAUAUUUUUUAGUUGUGACAUUGUCCAGAAACUCCAAAAAGAGAGUAUUUGUCAGUCAAACUACUUCACCCAUGUUUGGCAUGCAAUUUAUUCUCGUUGGUUUCAAAUCCAAGACUUAUUUUUCUACGUUUCCUGCCGUUUUUGUGCCACAGCUGCCUUCACAUUUGUUUUUCAUCUUCCAAUCUCAGGAUGUCAUUAUACGGCCUUAUAUUUGGUUUCUUUUUUUAAUACCAAAUACAAUAUCAGUGCUUUUUUUAGGGACAAAAAAAACGGCCAAGAUUCUUUUUGUUUUGUUUUACGUGAUUAUCACACUCCUCAGGUCACUUGAGUGACAUAUACAGUCUUGUAAGUCGGGUGUUAAGCUACAAUUCUUGAGUCGUGUGCCUUGUCAUCUAGAUGUUUUUAGUAUUUUUAUAAUCUGUUAAUCACUUGGGUCCCAUGGCCCUCAAUAUGUGGCUUUAGUAGAUCUGCACACCAGCAGAGAGGAUGUGUGAAAUGAUGUGUGUGGAGGGUUGAAUGUAAAACUGUCAGCUGUGGUCAGAUUCUUAUUUUUGUAAUCUCUUCCCCCCCCGUGUCCUGAUUUCACUGCUAUUGAAGUGGAGCGUGCACCCGCGGCCCCUCCACGCCUGCGUCCCAGAGCUGUAUGCUGCCGUGUGCGUGGUACUACGCUUAUACACUGGGAACUUGAUUUGUAGAAAACUUUGUUUUAUAUAUAACAAACAUAUUUGUAUAAAUGAACUAACAGUGAAAUGACUUUAAAUUAUGCCAAAUAAAAUGGUGCUUUAAGCCA